AUGAGUACCACCACAUUGGCUAAACCGUGGGAAAAUAUGAACGGAACACCACCGUCCAGUCCGGUAACCCCUGGGACAGAACAAAUGGUGGCACGAAGUCCCACUACAGGAAAUGUGAACAGCCCUGCAUUCCCAGUUGUCUCAUCACCGACAACAACAGCAACAACAGCAGGUACAGUAGCAGCAGUAGUGCCACAAAAUUCCACGGGAACUAGCAGCUCCCACCAGGUUGCAUCUACAAAUAAUCUCACGGAUUACUCCAAUCAGUACGCAUCGAGCUAUGGAUCUGGAAUGGGUUAUGGUGGUCUUGGCAGUACUUAUGGUGGUCUUGGAAUGGGCAGUAUGUAUGGUGGACUUGGUAUGGGAGGAAUGUAUGGUGGUCUUGGUAUGGGAGGUAUGUAUGGUGGUCUUGGAAUGGGAGGAAUGUAUGGUAUGGGAAUGGGAAUGGGAUUGCCGGAAGAUUUUCAGCGUAGUCAGAUGACAUUCAUGCUGGUGGGGCGUCUUUUGGAGAUGUGUGGAAUGUUUGCAGGUGUAAUUCAAAUGACCUUUGGAAGUGCUCUUCAGUUUAUGGGGAAUUAUAUUGGAAUGAGUCAACAGUACAACCAGCUGAAAUGUGGCAGGUACAAGGAUGAAAACGGUCAAUGGGUACAAGUGCCUCAGAGAAUAACAGGUGGAAAAAGUGGCUUGCGCACCUCUCAUGGCCGAAGAUCUCUCAAAAGGAAAGAAAAAGGAAGAGGAAAGUGGUUUGCUAUUCUAAGACGACUUGCAUUCUUGAUUCUGGCUGUUUUACUAGCCAAAAAACUCACGGGUUGGUGGGCUGCACGGCAAUUAUCCAGACUUCAUGGCCCUAAAUAA